CGCGCCGACUCGCCGUUGUUUGUUGUCGUCGGUCGAUGGAGGUGGCUGAAGGAGGAGGCGCCGCCGAGUGCGGGGCCCUGAGGUCGUCGGCCCGCGGCCUGAGCCGGUCGUACGGCAGCACGUCCCGAGGCCCGGCGGCCGGGCAGCGGCACCUGGAGCACCGCCCGCGGCCCGGGGACACCCUGCAGGGGCUGGCCCUCAGAUACGGAGUCAGCACCGAACAGAUUAAGCGGGUGAACCGCCUGUACACCAACGAGUCGAUCUUCCUGAAAGAGUGCCUGCACAUCCCUGUGCCAACGCAGGAGCUCUGCCAGAAUGGGAGCCAGGCCCCAGACCAGGCGCCGGCCGGCUCCGCGCCAACCCCCGACCCCCCGGGCGCUGAACUAUCGCCCGGUGACUUCCUGAAGAGGCUGGAUUCCAAGAUCACCCAGUCCAAGGCAGCUGCCAUCCACCGGCUCAGUGAUGGAGCAGGGAGCAGGCUGGACGGGGCUGUGGUUGGCAGUGCCACCCCCUCAGUGGGCAGCAGCAGGCGAGUGGCGCCGAGCCUGGCAUCGCGAGCGGCCUCAGCGCAGUGGGCAUGCCUGGGUCCCGUGCCCCUGACCAGAACCACCCGGGUCACCACCUUACGGGAGACGGAGGAUGAGAUCUUUGACCUUUGACACAGCUCCCCUCCCACCCAGCCCGGGUAGUGGGAGCGAGUCUGCGUCUGGAUACGAGGUGACCACCCUCCCACCCCUGGACAGUGAGCCACGAAGCUGCCAGACCCCUGCGUUCCCCUUAAUUUAUGUUUCCUUUUCUUAAAACGACAGAGACGCAGAGGUCCUCGACCCCAGGGUCUCAGCCUUGACUUGGACACUGCUGUCCACAGCAGACAUUCAUGUCUGAUAGCAUACCGCAGAGCGGGGCUGGAGAAAUUACCCCCCCCCCCCCACCCUUCCCCCCCCCCCCAAACCGAUGAGCCAUCACUGAAACUGUGGAGCGACUGAACAACUCUUCCGGAGGGACACGGAGAGGAAUUCCGAGUGUGCGUUUAUCCCCGCGGUGUCACGGGGCCGGCUGUGCUGUCUCUGUCCCGGGAAUGUGACCGUCCGGGAAGAAACCUUUCACACUGUGUGUGCGCACAUUUGUUCCUACUGUUCUGGCACGGUCUCUGUGAGGGUCCCUCUGUCACUGUCUCGCCCUCUCUCCCCCCCCGCCACUCUCCCUCUGUCACUGUCUCGCCCUCUCUCCCCCCCACUCUCCCUCUGUCACUGUCUCGCCCUCUCCCCCCCCCACUCUCCCUCUGUCACUGUCUCGCCCUCUCUCCCCCCCACUCUCCCUCUGUCACUGUCUCGCCCUCUCUCCCCCCCCCCCGCCACUCUCCCUCUGUCACUGUCUCGCCCUCUCCCCCCCCCACUCUCCCUCUGUCACUGUCUCGCCCUCUCCCCCCCCCCACUCUCCCUCUGUCACUGUCUCGCCCUCUCCCCCCCCACUCUCCCUCUGUCGCUGUUGGAUCCACGCACUCUGUCUCUCUCUCUUCUCUCUUUCUCUCUCUCUCGCUCUUUCUCUUUUUCUCUCUAUCUCUCUUUUUGUCUCUCUCUGUCUGUCUCUCUGUCUCUCUCUCGCACGCACUCUCCCCUCUCCCCUCCCUUCCCCCUCCCUCCCUCUGUCGGGCCCACGCUCGCCCCCACUCUCUGGUCCAUGCCCUUUGGGAUGUUGCUGGGUUGGGGCUGGCAGUUCGAGGCGUUAGGGCCUGUGUCCUCUUGGUGGUGGGAGCCACUCCAUCUCGCCUGUCUCCCCAACCCCCCCCCCCCCGCCCAUGUGCCCCACCCCCAGGGUGGGUGCUGCCUGCUGAGACCCCACACCCCACCCGCUCUUCAGGAUUUCUGUCGGGCAUUGUGCAAUAACUCUGCUGUUUCACCGGGGGGUGGGGAGGGAGGGGGUCAUCCAGGAGCUGAUCUCCAUCGCCUCGCUCACUGAGUGACAACUUGUAAAGGAAUCCCUCCCAACACCCUCCCGGGGGAGCCUCGGGGGGUGGGCCUUGGUUACUCAGGCUGUGGGCGGUGGCAGUAGGCCCAAUAUAACAGGCAGUGCCACUCUCCCCAUGUCCACACGGGCACACAUACACGGGCGUGCGCACACACAGAGACACGGGCACACGCACAUGGAUACACAGGGGCACAUGCACACAUGGGCACAGGCACACACAUGGACGCACGCACAUACACGAGCGUGUGCACACACACGGGCAUGGACAUGGGCACGCGCACAUACAUGGGCACGCACGGAAGCACACAUAGGGACACAGGGACGCGCACAGGCACACGUACACAUGGGCACACACCGAGGCACACGCGCACACAGGGACACACGCGCGGACACACGCAUGGGCACACACAGACACACAGGCACACGCACACAUGGGUACACACACGGACACACGCACACAUGGGCACACACAGGGGCACACACGGACACACGCACGCGCAGGGACAGAUACCAAGCCCUGUGCCUCUUGUACCAUCCAGGGGAGAUGGAUGCGCGAGUUUGUGAGACUGCUCUGUGUGUGUGUGUGUGAGUGAGAGUGUGUGUGUGUGUGUGUGUGUGUGAGUGUGACACAGCGAUGAAUUGCACACUGCUAUACUAUGCAGAUCAAUGCACUGCCCGAUGGGCACUCGGUUAAACACUGUCGACUGAUUGUUUUGUAAUAAAUAAAACCGCUGUU